AGGUUCAUUUCUAUUGGUUAAUGCAAGUUGUUUGUUGUUGCUGGGUUUUUUUUAUAAUGUCAUUGUUAAAAACCUUUACAUUGUCAUAUCAUCACAUAAUCAAAAUGGAACUUGGACAGUAUUAGUUUAUGAUUUUGUUUGACGUCAGUCACAAGCUGUAGCAAUGUCGGUGUUUAUGAUAGUUCCGGAUGAUGCUAAAAUAUUAGCGAAUAAACUGAGGGCAUCGUUACAAUCUAAUGUGGCUCAUAUUCGUACAACGACCCUGGAUGGAUUCCUGGAAUUAGGAUCAGCACUGAACGAUAACACUGUCAGAGUUAUUUUUCUUACUGCCUUACUGUGGCAAGACAUUGAAAGGCAACCGAAAAAGGAUGUUGGUUAUCUGUUUUCAAAACCAAAGGACACCAUAUUGCUUAUAUCAUGCGCUGAACCUAUAAAGAAAGCGGCUGUUGACAUGUUUUCAAAGAUGGUGAACAACUGGGAGUCGGUAGGAUUGUUCACAGCUUCCGGUGAAGACUGGUUUAACGCGGAAGCGAGAAUAAAGUAUCGUGUGGCGGAAAACGAGAAUAGGGAAGUGCCGUCUGCAAGCAGAUAUCUUAUCAAACCAGACACGAUUUCAACACUGUCUGAACCCCAGUCUGAAGUAUUUAUCAUCUUGUUUGAUGAUGUAACUACCGAGCACAAUGACGUCACGAGACUCGAGGUUAAAGAUGGCGGGAACGUGCAUCAAGCCAGGAAAAUACAACCAAAUAUCUGGUCGUUCAACGUAUUUGAGUUUACUCCGGGAGAGCACGAUAUUAGAGUUUUGGCAGAUGACGUUGAUAUAGGACCAUAUUCGUUACAUAUUCAAGACAAAGAAGCCGUCAGAAAGGAGUUACUGACUGAUUUGAAGAAAAAAGAUCCGAAGAGAUUUAUCGCUGAGCUUCUAAAUAUUAACGAAGCUGAUUUUGAUCGCGAUUUGAUGGAUACGAUCAGUGGAUCAAGUUGUGUAUCUUUUGUUGAGAUCCUGCUUAAAUACGGCGAAGAAAAUGAGUGUGAAUAUCCAAACUUCGCACAUUUUUGUGCAGAGCACGGUCUUGAAGAAUGUGCGAAAUGGUGCGCAGGCAAUCUACCAAAUUUCAAAGAAGCCUGUAAGGUUCGAAAUAACGUCGGACAAACACCGCAACAAGUUGCCGUUGAAAGGAGAGAAACUCGUGCAUUGAUUGAAGCUUUGGGAGUUGAAGAAGAUCUGGAACCAAUUCAAUCGCCGUUCGGUAAAGGAAUAAACAGAGACAGCGGAUGGUCUUCACAAGGCAGU